AUGCCGAGGAGACAAAUCGCUAAUAACCCAAAGGUCUGUGUUGUUUGUGGAGAAACUGCCAUUGGCUACAACUUUUGUGCCAUUACUUGUCAGUCAUGUAAGGCAUUCUUCAGGAGACAUGCCUUUAAUUAUGAGAUAUAUAAAUGUAAGUUUAGUGACGACUGUGUUAUCGACAAAAAAUACCGCAAAUUAUGCCGAAAGUGUCGGCUCAAGAAGUGCUUCGCUGUGGGCAUGAAAAAAGAAUGGAUUCUUAAUGAAGAGGAGAAGGAAUGGCGAAGACAUGCAAUUGAGACAAACAGACAGUUGAGGAGAAAUGUGGAUAAUGACAUCAUAAAUAAUAAUAUAACUGAAUGUAUUACGAAAAUGGCAGACAUUGAUCCAAACGAGAUAACGGAUGUCAUAGAUCUAUACGACAUGUCUGACGAAAAUUCAGAGCAAACACAAGACACAUGUAUUAGUGAUAACACCAGCGCUAACUCAAUGGCUGUCGACAUAUUCAGCGCUAAUAAUACAAUAAAACAAUUAAUUGAUUUAAAUUGUUUCACCGAUUUUGAGCGAAAUCGUCUAGAUGAAUUGUUUGGCCUUUCAAUGCUUCACUUGCCUUUCCACAAUCAUCCAAAACAUAAAUACCCCGAUGUUAAUGACACGCAAUUAGUGCUGUCAUAUGAUUUUAUUAUGGAAGACGCCGCUCAACAAUUUGACACUAGAUUAACAGAACUCGUGGCAAAUAUUCAACAUUUUAGCCCAUUUCAAAGUUUGUGUUUAAAUGACCGAAUCGCCAUGGUUAAAUACGGCUGCAUGGAUUCAACCUGCUUAGAUCUGGCACCUAUUAUAAGCCCGAGUUUAAUGGCUGUAAUGAAUGAAAUAUCAAAACAAUGGUAUAAAGAUAUGAACUCCUCAUUUGGUGGUCCACUACUCAAAGAAUGUAUUGUAACACUAGUUAAAUACCCUGCCCACUUAUUAAGAACCGUGACACAGAGUUUAUGCAAAGCGGGCAAUAAAUGUGUGAUUACUGUCGAGAAUCGCAGGCAUUGCCAGAAAUGUCGGCUCAAAAACAUGUGCGCCAACGACCAAAUCGCCCUGGUCAAAUAUAGCUGCUUUGAGAUACAAAUACUCAAAAGUACCCACCAACUCGUGAAACACUAACAAUAUCUCUG